GGAGCGAUAAUUUCGGCUUACCUCUAUCAGUCCACCAAAGGUAGUUCUUUCCCUCUGAUUCACUUCAGUGCUGCUCUUUCUCGAUUGGAUUCCUAGCCAGGUUGGAAGGUACGGUGACAUUCCAAAUCCCGUGCUCACAAGUCAAUCUGUGUCUUUCGUUGACUACACUUCGACUGAUCCUAUGCCCGUUCUCAGAUCUGUGAUGCCUCAGAAUGGAUCUGCGAUGUCGCUCUCCUUUAACCACCCCGGACUCUGUCCCGCAGCAGAACAGAGCGACAUCCAACCCAGCCUCGACCAGAGAGUCAUCUGGGUCGAGUCCAAGCGAUGCAAGCUCGAUAUACAAUGCCGCAAGGGCAAGCUCGGGGUUGGAAGACCUUGUGCCUAGGUCGAGUUGUACCCUGAAUAGCAGAAUGGCAGCAAACAUGGCAAUGUUUGUCGCUCCCACGCCCGAGUACAUGGCAGGUAAUCCAUCAAAGCCAAAUACAUCGGAAUGCCAUAUACUGUCGCAAAAAAAUGACGGACAACGAGUAAACGUGCCGACUCCAGAGGAGUCGCCAGAAGUCGACCGGUUCGACCAACGGCGACACCGCAAAACGGCGAGUGUCAACGAUGCAGAUGCAAAAGUGAAAGCUUCCAGAUGGCUGGGAAGUAUAGCGUCCCCUGCGAGUCCUGUUCUACCCACGUACCCACCACCAGUAAGGAUGCCCACACCUCCGGGACUUCCAUCUUUCGGCAGCGAAGAGGCAGUCCGUUGCUCUGCGCGAUUACCUGUCCAUUCAGCACCGAGCAAUGGGCAAUCCCAGCAACGUGGCCGUUGUAGUAACGCUGCUGAUGGUAAUAGAGUCGAAUCCUACGGAGAGUCACUUCGAAGAUUCUUUGGUAUCUCUUCACUCUCUGCCUUUCGAUCUACUGGACGAGAAUGCACUGUUGUGAGGGCAGUUGAUAGCACUGUGGUCCAAGGGCGCUUUCCCCAUAGGCAUAGUGCCCAUGGAGUCGGUGCGAAUGGUAGAUUACACGACCAUCCAUUCCAUCGGAGGAACCUUUCUAUGGCUCAGUGUGGUGGCAUUGACGAGGGUGGCGGCGCCGCGGUUCAGACUAGACCAUCAGACACAGAGCACUGUUCCCAUAUCAAGCGGCAGAACUCAAUUCACCCAGGAAACCACUUACCAGUUCCUCGUCCACAACAUAUAUCUAGCAGUAUCUCACCCGGGCCAAGCUGCUCGGUGACCACUCAAUCAGCGACAACCUCGAAUUCCGCGGAUGGACGCGCCUUAGAGCCAGGGGCUAGGAGGACUCUGGUGAUGGACAUGUCCGCUAUACUAGCUGCUGAACCCUCUGGUUGCUCCCCCACACAAACACGAUCAACAGCGGAACCUUCUAUCCACGAAGGAUGCGUCACGCUUGAUGGCCAACGCGGCCGUUGGUUACAGGCCUCAAAUAUUGUUAACUAUUAUUUUUGCUGCUGUGGGGGAGCCAGGAAUGAGCAGGAUACUAUUGUAUAUGUGAACACUGCUUCUAAUGACACAUAUGCUACUGCAAGGAGCCGGGUCUCGGACGACAGCGCGGCUCCUUCGCAUGUCAAGAAAGGUGCGGUGCAGGAGUUUGGGCGUUACUGCUCGAACAUGUGGACGUCGUUUCGAGCUUUUAUCUCCUCUCGUAAUUAUGGAUCCUCCACAUGGUUAGAACAGACCCAGGAAUCUCUUUAACCGCUGUCACGAUUUGCGGUUUUGGAUAUCAGGCGUUGUAUGAAUCACAUGGUUCACUCGGGAAUCUUUUUUCACUGCCAUGAAGGAUCUUGCGGAUAUUGGAUUAUGCUGGUCUGUAUUCAUCAGGAUCCACUAUUGUUACUCUUCUUCAUGAAGUAACCCUUUAGAGAGCUGUGGUUGAUAAGGUUCAUUCUAUGAAAGAAAGGGAGGCUUCUACGCCACCUUUCUACUAUAUUCUUAACUAAGAGAUCCAUGGCUUGACGGCUGUUCAUACGAGUUUCCAUAUCUGAUACUGCAACGACAUGAACCGGUCAACUCCGUUACUCCUCAAUGCAAUAAUGCUCGGAAACGAUAGAUGUUAGAGAAUAAACCAUAAGUUCAAAGACAUUCCAUAUGACGCCCAUGAUGAGUUCAGAAAGUUUCCAAAGAGAUCGUAGGCCCUAAUAUUCACAUGCAAUAAUGACCAUCGAUAACAAUAUCCAAUUGGGCUAAAUAGAGACCAAGAAGAAUGGGAGACGAAGGAGAAGGGAUGCUAAUAUAGAAUGGAGAAUGAAAGCCACAAGACCGACGUCAUGUCGUUAACGGUAUAUGCAGAAGUCCG